AUGCUGAACUGUAGCGUCUGCAAACUGCCGUCGACUAAAAUGGACAAUGGAUACGUGUGUCCAAAUGGGCACAUGACCACGCGGCUGAAAGAGAUGGAAGAGAGGAAAGAUUGGCAGCCAGGAAGCCAGAGCACCAUCAAAAGAAAAAGACCCAAGCAGACUAUUCGCGAUUUAAUAAGCACCAUAUCAUCUCGCGAGCUGUGUACUCUCAUUGCUCUGCGGUACCUCCACUCUCUUCUUAGAGAAUAUGAAAUACCUAAAUCUGCUUUUCUUCGGUACAAAUCGCUCUACUACUCAUUUGCUACUUACAUUGAAAAACUUCCUAAUGAAAGACUCGGGCCAGAGUACAGGACAAUAACAGAAGUGUUUGUGUUUUUAGUGAAAAGAGACCUGGAGGAGAAGAAGGACAGACUCUACACACUGCUUGAUUUUAAAAGAAAACAUAACGGAAAAAAUCUUCGAACUAAUAAAUUCACUGUGCGCAAAGAAUACUUCAAAACGGCAUAUCUGCGCACUCUUGUCUUUGAAAGCGCCUCAAACAAAAUGAGCAUAAACUCCAUUAAAAACCUUCUCCAGUGCACAUUCCCAAAUUGCAAUGAAUACUUUUCGGGCGUAUUCGGGCUGAUGAGCGAGAAUGCGCUGAGCAAAAUGUGUGCGCAGCUUGGGCUCACAAUGACAAAGAGAAUGGCCGCUGGGUUUGCGCUCUUCAAGGAGAAUUUAGUGCACAUACGGUUCCAUGAAACAUACAACAAGUUUUUGUUCAGCGAAUUGCUCAUCGGAGCAUAUUUAAUCAUGUAUUCAAUGCAAAUGUGCGAUCUCACGCCUGUCCAUGGGCGCCUGGUCUUUGUAGAAAGAGCGCACGAUCUGGGAGAGGGCAACGUAGCUCAGGACUUCUUCUGCAGAGAGAUAUACAUGUCCAAUUUAAAACAGCUGAACUACUACCUGGAAAUAAUAGAGAAGUAUGAUGGAAACAAAGCACCAGUGUUCAACCCAAUAGAGUUCCCAGCGCCUACCUUCGGAGUAGGCAAGGCAGAUGCCAAGACAAGAAGACAAGCUUUGCACACAAUAGGCUUGCACAUAGCAAAUACCAUAGGAGAAAAAAUUACUAACAUUUUCGAUGUAACUAAGAGUAUACUGGCAAUACAUAAGAAGCUGCUUGACAGACUGAAGCCAGCGUAG